AUGACGCUUCACACAAGCUUCCUUUCACUCAAGCUCCUCCCAUGCAUCCAUGCUGCCUUCCACACAACAACCUCCCAUGCUGCCUUCAACACAAGCUCCUCCCAUGCUGCCUUCAACACAAGCUCCACCCAUGCUGCCUUCAACACAAUCUCCUCCCAUGCUGCCUUCAACACAAGCUCCUCCCAUGCUGCCUUCAACACAAGCUCCUCCCAUGCUGCCUUCAACACAAGCUCCUCCCAUGCUACCUUCAACACAAGCUCCUCCCAUGCUACCUUCAACAUAUGCUCCUCCCAUGCUGCCUUCAACACAAGCUCCUCCCAUGCUGCCUUCAACACAAGCUCCUCCCAUGCUGCCUUCAAUAUAUUCUCCUCCCAUUCUGCCUUCAACACAAGCUCCUCCCAUGCUGCCUUCAACACAAGCUCCACCCAUGCUGCCUUCAACACAAUCUCCUCCCAUGCUGCCUUCAACACAAGCUCCUCCCAUGCUGCCUUCAACACAAUCUCCUCCCAUGCUGCCUUCAACACAAGCUCCUCCCAUGCUACCUUCAACAUAUGCUCCUCCCAUGCUGCCUUCAACACAAGCUCCUCCCAUGCUGCCUUCAACACAAGCUCCUCCCAUGCUGCCUUCAAUAUAUUCUCCUCCCAUUCUGCCUUCAACACAAGCUCCUCCCAUGCUGCCUUCAACACAAUAUCCUCCCAUGCUGCCUUCAACACAAGCUCCUCCCAUGCUGCCUUCAACACAAGCUCCUCCCAUGCUGCCUUCAACACAAGCUCCUCCCUACGCCAACGUGUAUGA